AUGACUGAAGAAUCCAAGUCUCCCCAACAUCAAUCGUUUCUUAACAACGACGGCAUAGACGAGUUGCAACCAUUGAGCAGAAAGCACAGAGUGUCGUCGUUAUCGCUCUCCGACUUGAACCAAUGGCAAAACGGCUUGACCAAGUUGUCGUCGUCCACCUCGCUCUCCAAGGACGGCAGGAGCUCCAGCGCCAACCUCAAGAAGGUCGACUCCUUGGCCAAGUUGUCCAGAAACUCCUCCAUCAUCAAGAGGAAGAAGAGAACUGUGAUCGACCAUGUGCGUGUGGCCUCCUACGCAUUCUGCUUCGACAUUGAUGGUGUCAUCCUCAGAGGCCCCGACACCAUUCCCGAAGCCAAACAGGCCUUGAGGUUGUUGAAUGGUGAAAACAAAUACAACAUCAAGGUCCCCUCCAUCUUCGUCACCAACGGGGGUGGAAAGCCGGAAAAGCAAAGAUCGGAUGACUUGACAGAAAGAUUGGGUGUCCUCGUAACCCCAGAGCAGAUCAUCCAGGGCCACACCCCCAUGAAGGAUUUGGUGGGUGUUUACCAGAAUGUCCUUGUGGUAGGAGGUGUCGGCAACGUUUGCAGAAAUGUGGCUCAAUCCUACGGUUUCAAGAACGUCUACACUCCUUUGGAUAUCUUGAAGUGGAAUCCUGCCGUCAGUCCUUACCACGACUUAAGUGAAGAAGAAAGAGUGUGUGCCAAGGAAGUCGAUUUUUCCAAGGUCGCUAUUGAUGCUAUCCUUGUUUUCGCAGACUCCAGAAACUGGGCUGCAGACCAACAGAUCAUCUUGGAAUUAUUAUUGUCCAAGAAUGGUGUUAUGGGCACCGAAUCAAAGACAUACAACGAAGGUCCACAAAUUUACUUCGCCCACUCCGAUUUCAUUUGGGCCACCAACUACAAAUUAUCUAGAUAUGGUAUGGGUGCCUUGCAAGUGUCUAUCGCUGCCUUGUACAAGGAGCACACUGGUCAUGAAUUAAAGGUCAACAGAUUCGGUAAGCCUCAAAAGGGUACUUUCAAGUUUGCCAACAAGGUCUUGACCAGCUGGAGACAAGGUGUAUUAGACGAGCACUUGAAGAAGUUGUCAAUCAAUGAUCCAAAUGCUGAAGAGGCCGAUAUUUUGAUCAACGAAGAUGGUGAAGAAAUCAUCAACCAGGCCAAAUUGGAAUCCUACGACUAUGAAGAUGACAGUGAAGAUGAGGUGAAUAAUAUCAAGGAACCAUUGGCUGAAACUGGUAAACAAGACAAGAUUACCUUGCAAUUACCACCUGCAUCCACUGUCUACUUUGUUGGUGAUACUCCGGAAUCGGAUAUCAGAUUCGCUAACUCUCACGAUGUUUCAUGGCACUCUAUUUUGGUGAAGACUGGUGUUUACAGAGAAGGAACUGAACCAAAAUAUAAGCCCAAGCACUUGUGUGAGAACGUGUUGGAAGCUGUUGAGUAUGCCAUCGAAAGAGAGCACGAGAAAGAAUUGGCCGAAUGGAAUGAAACUGCUGAUGCCGAUGAAGACGACAAGGGCUCCAGAAUUAACUUUGCUGACUUGGUCAUGACACCUAGUGAGAAGCAAGAGAAGGAAGCUGCUGAUGCUAAGAAGGUCAAGCCAAUCCAUGAACACGAGGCUGUGGAAGUUCCAGUAUUCUUAACUGAACAAGUUGAGAAGUUCAAGGACGUUGGUGUUCAAAAGAAGUAA